AUGUACGCCGCUCAGAAUAUAACGCCAACAGUUUUGGAUGCUAUGAAUGGAAAUGUUUCCGAAUGGUAUAACGAAUGCGACAAUGCCAUUAGAAGGUCAGAAAUAGUUCCUGGAACUUACGAAUAUACAACUGCUGUUUCUUAUGGAAACGUAGGUGAGUUUGGAGAAGGUUCUUCAACAACAGUAGAUAUUGCUUGCGACAGGUUUCAUAUUAUUUCUAUUGACAACUCAUUCUUAUACGUGGAACAAGACAUUGAAAUAAAACCUUCUGCCAAGUUGUCUGACAAGAAAGGUUGCAAUGGAAUUUUCUAUGUCGGAUACCAAUAUGCUCCAGAAGUUUUCAUGGGAUAUAAGAUAUAUUCUAACUCUGACUUAGUUCAAACAGUAACAUGGGCAAACUAUGAAUGGUUCGCUUUGAGAAACUCAGUACAACCACAAGCUAGAGAACAAACAGACCAGUAUGCAACUAUUGAGAAAAUAAGAAGACU